CAAGGGAUGUUGCCAUGGUAACCAGUAAACAUUACCCGCCCCUUCUGGAAUAAUAAUAAUGAAAAUAAUGAAAUAACUACAUAACAAAACUAUAUCAUAAUAAACCAAUACGAAAACUACAACCAAAUACCCAAGAGAAACGAGUAUAUUGACAACAUGCACUGACAUUACAAACGAGAGAGGAGAUAACAGGAGUGAGAAAAGGAGACGGACAGAGGGAGCGACAAGAAGAAAGAGGAAAUAUUGAGCUUUUUCACACAUUUCUCGUCCACGCUCACUCUUCUCUAGGAUGUCUCUCCGCGCCCUACCCCUUCAGUUCCUCAACCUCGGAGGAGAGAUGAUGUAUGUCAUCGACCAGAGGCUAAAAGCUCAGGAAAUCCCAGAGAACCAGGCCACUAAAGUCCGCAACGACAUCAUCACCAUCAUGCUGAAUCGCCGCUUUGUGGAGGAGGUUUUCACGCCCCAGGAGAUGUACAGCAGCCCAUCUCUCAGGACGGUGUUCGACAAGCUGGCCCAUGCUUCUAUCAUGCGUCUCAACCCCCCCAGCAUGGACAAGCUGUAUGACCUGAUGGUGAUGGCCCUUAAACAGCAGCUCCUCUCCUGUCAGUGUCCCAGGGAGGUGUUGCUAAUGACCCUAAACCACCUUGAUGCCCUUAGGGAGUACGCCACACUCCCCCAGGCUGCGGCUCAGGUGGAGGCUGCCCUGACUCUCUUUUGUCAGACCUACGUAAACAUGCCAGCUGGAGAGGUGUGGGCUGCUCGCUUAGCUCUCCUCUCCUUUGUUCAAGAUGUCAAGAUUAGAGUCUCUGUGUUUCUUAAGCAGGGUCUUCAGACACCCACUGGUACCCUGGUUCUCCCUCCACCUGGCCCUGUACCUUUUGGCAAUGAGGUCCCAGGGGUGGUGCGGGUGAUGGCAGGGCAGGGGGAGGUGGUGGGGAUCCUCAGAUUCCCCCCCAAUGGAGACUUUGCCCCCCCAGCAUCCCCCGGCUCCCUUGACCCUGUGGGGGAGCGUGGCACUACUCUCGGCACCAAUAUGUAUACAACAUCAUCUGAGGAGAGCAGUGUGGCCACCUCCUCCAGCCAGACCUACCCCUACACCUGCAACACACCUGCCCAGCCUCCCAGCAGCGAUGCCUCAGCUGCAGCAGGAGGAGCAAGAGGCAGAGGAAUGACUGAACUGAAUCUCCUGGCCCAGCUGAUUGGGUCUGCUCCUUCCAGCAAAGAAUUCCGUCUUAAUUUGUUCCCUUCGGAGGAUGAUGAGGACGGAGCGGAGGGGGCAGUGGAGUGGGCGGUGGAGGGAGGCUACAGCUCCACCAUCACCAUUGAGGGGCGGAUGAGGAACGCCCGGCCAGAGCUUGGGAGAAUCAUGAACGAACUUAGCGAUCUGACACUUAUUUCUACCAAAGACGAGCUCAGGGCCGCCCAGGAUGAUAAGGGACAGGAUCUUCUUGACCUCAUGGAUAGUGUGUGAUGUAGAAGAGUGUGUUGGUGGAGGAGAAGUAAGUGGAGGGAUAGUGGAUGGUGUAGAUAGCGGAGGAAUCGUCUACGUUGUGUUUUUCUGUUUACGGCAAGAUUUCGUUGUUAUUUUUCUUAUUUAUUUAUGUGAGUGUUGCUUCUUUGUCUUUUUUCUAUCCUCCAUUUCUGUCUAUUUCUUCUUCAUUGUCUCUCUCUUUCCAUCCUGUUGUGUAAAGUUUCUGUUAUAAAUUUUCACCCUUAUCCUAUUUCUCCUAUUUCUUCCCUCUCUCUUCCUAUCCCUUCCCAUUUCCUUCCUUUCAUCACCCCACACCCGUUUCUUCCUUCUGUUUGUGUGUUACCCUAAAGACCUCAGGCCCUCGAAGGUUGACAAGGGGCAGAUAGUCACACUGAUAGAGGAGAUUCAGGCUGUGUUAUAUAAUUUUGUUUAUCUGCAUAUUUCUGGGUGUAAAGGUUUCGUUGUGAGUGUUGGGUGUGAUUGGCCAGGCUCCCGUGAGUGUUUGUUUGUGUUUCCAGUUGAUGGCGUGUAAUUCUCAUUUAGUGUCCUUGAAAAUUUACUAGCUUUUACUUGACCUUGUUAAAACUGUCACUGGAAUCAUAAAAAUGCCCUUGAAAACUUGAUACUUCUGCCAGAUGCUGCUUCUACCACUAAAAUCAUGUAAAUUUAUGUAAAACCCCAUUAACUUCCACUAGAACCUUCUAAGCUACUAGUGGAACCAUAAAAAAACAUCCUUGAAAAAUCUCCCGUCACUUCUGCUAGAGCCUUUUUAUCACGAAAAACACCUUUGAAAAACACUUUUCAAAACUUCAGCAACUUCCAUUAGAGCCUCCAAAACAUGAAUAAACACUCUUGAAAAACCCCAUUCAAUCUGACUAGAGCCUUUUAAUAAAGAAACACACCCUUGAGAACCCCAGUAACUCCCACUAGAUCCUCUUAGAAAUUAAAGAAACCCAUGAAAAAAAAACAAAAAAAACAUACACUAAAUCUUUGAAGUCAUGAAAAACACCCUUGAAAACCACAGUAACAUCCACUACAGCUCCUAAACUACCACUGGAACCAUGAAAACACCCUUGAAAACCCCAGUAACACCAACUACAGCUCCUAAACUACCACUGGAACCAUGAAAACACCCUUGAAAACCCCAGUAACACCAACUACAGCUCCUAAACUACCACUGGAACCUUAAAAACACCUUUGAAAACCCCAGUAACUCCCACUACAGCUCCUAAACUACCACUGGAACCAUAAAAACACCCUUAAAAAUCCCAGUAACUCCCACUACAGCCUGUUAGAGAGUUGCAGUAGGACGCAAGAAUGUUAUAGAAAACGAAUAUUAUCUUUCCCUUGUCCAGACACUUGAUCAUCACUCCUGUUCAUCUGUGAUAUUGAUCCGCACGUUUUGCACUGAGGCAUAAAAGAUAUAUACUGGA